CCUGCAAAGCGAGUACUCCUCUGGAGAUGGGAGUAGUCAGGAUCUUUAUCCUCUUUGCAUAGCGGUGGUCGGAGGAGGAAGCAACGGGGGGGUGCCUAUCUAUUUGUGUUUUCUUUUUCAACAGUGUGCUGACGGGGAAGGUGUGAAGAAAAGCUACAUAAAGGAUUUGAAAUGGCCUCACCUUGGAAUGGCUUUCUUUGUAGUUGUGUCCAUCACCAUGACGUGCUGUUUUGUUUGGCAGUACAAGCUUCCAAAGCAAGGCACAAGUGAGGAUAUUUCAUCUGAUGAGGUUAAACCGGUGGAAAUGUGCCCUAGGCACCCCCAGCCUGUACCGUUGGAACACCCCAUACCGAUUCUAAAAGAAGCUCUGGAGAAGAUUGACUUCCUUUUGCGUCAUCAAGUACAUCCAAUGAGUCUGCCGUCCAUUUCAGCUAUUGUAAUAUUUAAUGACACCGUGCUGUGGACUGGAAAUUUUGGGAAAAAAAAUAUUUCAGAUGAGUUUUCGCCUCCACCGAAUGAAUAUACUGUUUACAGGAUUGCAAGCAUCUCAAAGAUAUUCCCCACUAUAAUGCUGUAUAAACUAUGGGAGGAAGGAAAAAUCGCAUCUCUGGACGACCCACUUACAAAAUAUGUCAAAAACUUUAGGAUUAAAAACCCACUGGGAAGCUCAAAAGGCUCAGAACAUAAAUAUGAAGCAGAUGGCCUGGUAUUUCCAGAGAGAGAGCGAGCCGCUGCCAAAAUAUCAUCUGUGACAUUGAAAAGAAUGGCCAGCCAGCUAUCAGGAUUACCCAGGAGACUCAGGUCCACAAGUCUACUUUGGGAAGGGAAUACCGAGAUGGCACUGGAUCUCCUGAGAGAUGACUUACUCAUUGCAGAUCCUGGUACAAGAUGCCACUACAGCAACCUAGCAUUUUCCCUUCUGGCUCACGUUCUGGCCAGUAAGGUGGUUGGAGCCGACUACCAGCGCUGGAUUACUGAGAAUAUCCUGACGAAAAUCGGAAUGGAGCACACCGGCUUUGAGUUCACCCCGUCGGUCCGCGCUCAGUUAUCGGUCGGCGUUUACAGCAAUGGUAAACCGGCCCAGCUCUACGACCUGGGCUGGUACCGGCCCUCGGGCCAGAUGUACUCCACGGCUGCCGACCUGGCCAAGCUGUGCAUGUCCUUGCUGGGGGCCGCUCACAAGCACAUCCUGGAGGCCGAGACGCUGAAGGUGAUGCUCACCCCCGUGUUCGAGUGCUCGCAGGAUUACUUCGCCAGCAGGACGGGAACGCCGUGGGAAAUCAGCGAGCAGCUUGGCUACGAUGUCGUCAAAAAAGAUGGCGACCUGGAUGGCUACUCGGCCACCUUCUCCUUGGUCCCUCGCCUCAAAAUAGGGUUUAUUAUUUUAAUGUCGGGUUCCCGGCCCCAAGAAGAAGAAGAUUUGACGGCCGGGGUUUAUAAUUAUCUCAUCCCGGCGAUGGAGUCUGCUUUCCGGCAGAGCGACAGAAUUCUAGUCCCGCCUCCCGAAUCCAGGCCUUACGUUGGCUACUACACAUUUUCAAAUUUGACCUUUUAUGAGGUAAAGAAAGACAAGAGAGGAGUUUUAGUGAUGCAGCAGUUCGGCCCUCACAUUGAAACCUUGAUACCUGAGAAGUACAGGACUAUCAAGCUUUGUUACCUAGAAGAAAGGGUUUUUCAAAUCGUAUUUGAGAAAGCAUACCCGUGCGUCCUGAAAUUCAACAAGGCCUCCGUGUCCCUCGAAGCUCAAGACGGGCAGCUCUUCAACUUUUUUCCUUUCAAUAGUAGAGGCUUAUCUACUGGUUUUGAUGCUCCGGGUCUGAACACGUACAACAUCGUCAGAAUAAAUCGCAAACCAAGAUUUUGACAACGUUUGACAGAUUAUGAGUAUUAUCGUUUUUAGGUGCUUUUUUUUUGAAAAGUCAUUUAUAGAAUUAGCAGCAUGGACUGGAGUAAGAAAAGGUAUACCGAACCUUCUCUAUUGAUCCGUGUGGCUGCCACAUCUGUUGUUCCCUGAUUUUUAACUGCUAGGAAUUUGCUGCGAGAUGCUUUUUGACACCGUGGUCUCCAGUGACUUUUAGUGGCGAGUCAGAGGGAAUCGGAGUGUUUGUUUUCUUUCAAAAGAAUCGGAUAGAGCCAUGUACAUUUUUUAUAGUACUCAAAAAUCUUUCUCAACAGUCAAAUCAAUCUGACUUCUUGUACAUGUCGAUACUAAUUGGUCCUGAAGACUUGCAGCUUUUCCAGAGAGCAUCAGCUUUCUUUAUUGUGCUUGUCUUUUAGUGUCAUUUUGUG